AUGGCACUCAAUAACGACCUCAACACCAAGGCUGGUCUUGACACCGUCACCCAAGAAGAGCACGAUGACAUUGCGUCCACCUUCGCGGCUCUGGCUGACAUUCUAGCCGCCUCUGACUCGGCCGGUGUCAUGGCUGAUGCCGCGGACUUUAAACCAGACAACUUGAUCGAUAACGUCUUUUACAUCAACCUGAGCCCCAAUGCUGAGUCACUCGACGACUCUUGGCGGCAAAGGCUUAAGAUCGUCACCGAGAACGUUGACAUGAAUACUGAUUUCUUCAAUGACAGGGCUUUCAAGGUCCUGAAUGCUAAGGUUGCUGAGGGCCGAAUUUCCCCCAAGGAUGAAAUCACGAAGGCGAACUUUUUCGCCAAGGUGAUCGAACGUUUGACCGCGACCGCUCCUUGGAUCGGUACCUAUGGCGUCAACUUGCAGGAUAAGAACUUCACUACUAAGAAGGAAGACUUCCACAAAGCCCUCAUUUCGCACUUUACACAGGGCCUGAACCUCCCAAACAACGUUGUGGAUAAGUUCGAAGGUUUUCUGGCCAACGUCCAAAACACAAUCAAGAACUCGUCUACAUCACCCAGCGACAGCAUUUCAAUCUACAUUUACGCCGUGAUUUACGUCAAGGACGAAAUCCUUCAGCAGUGGCGAACUCAUCUUCGAACCAUCUCCUUCAAGCCCAGUCAAAACCUUGGCACCUACAUCAAGGACAAGAACAACAGCAACACUGGAAGCCAAGUCAAUGUAGACUUUCAGUACGUUCAACUUGACGGCACUUUUAAUAAUGAUCUCUUCGAGAAGUCUGGCAAGCCUGCCCUUAUGGAAAUGCGGCCAGUGGCAACAACUAUAAAGCCCUUAGGUAUUACUUUUGAUAGUGAUUAG